AGGCCACCUCCAACGCAGCCCCCACCACCGCCAACCACACAGGGGCCGAACUGCUAUCCAGGCAGUCCUGACCCGCGGUGUCCGAGACCUCCUCCCACUCAACCACCACCACCACCAACCACACAAGGGCCGAACUGCUAUCCAGGCAGUCCGGACCCGCGGUGUCCGAGACCCCCUCCAACGCAGCCUCCACCUCCACCACCUACUCAGGGGCCAAACUGCUUCCCUGGCAGUCAAGAUCCCCGGUGUCCCCCGCCACCGAGCACGCCGUCGUCGUGCUACCCGGGCUCGCCGGACCCUCGCUGUCCGCAGUCCCGCCCCCCUCUGCCGCCCAUGCCGUACUUGCCCCCCGACCCCAACCCGCCCACCGCGCCCCCGCAGUCGCGCGUGACCACGGUGCCGCCGCCGCCCGCCGCCACGCCCUUCGUGUGCACGUGCAACGGCCAGACGGUCCGGCCGGACGUGUUCCCGCUGUGCUUCCCGGGCUCCUCGGACCCGCGCUGCCCGCCGUCGGCGGCCGGCGCCGUCCUGGCCGUGCCGUGCUUCCCGGGGUCGGCGGACCCGCGCUGCCCGCCCGUCCCCAGCGGCGAGGCCUCCUACCUGCCGCCGCCCAACUGCUUCCCGGGCUCCACGGACACGCGCUGCAACGGCUUCACCGAGGGCAACAACGGCCAGCCCGUGGGCCAGGGCAGCGCCCCGGUGCCGCACUACCACGUCUUCGUUCCAGCGGACCAGCUGCACCGCGUCAAGAGGGAAGCUGCCGCUGAGCCGCCGCCGGCGAGGACGGCCCGCCACGCCGUCCCGGACAAGCAGCCCGAACAGGAGGUCAUCUCGCUGCGGCUCGGCGUCCGGGGCCUCCGCGUCGGCCAGCAGCGGCCGCAGCCCGCGCACGAACGAGCGCGCCGCGCGGCCGAACCGGCUGCGACACCUGCGCGAUCAGCUGAACCCGCGGCACCGGCCACCGCACCCGCACAGAACGCCUCUCCGGACGGCGUCGUCGGCGCCCCCUUCCUGGUGGUGGCGGCCGCGCUCGUCCUGGCGACGCUGUCCGUCGGGGCGCUCGUGUGGCGGUCCAGGGCGCGGCGGCAGCCCAGCCUGCUGGUGCUCUAGCCCGCGAGACACGUCGCCGUCGACGACCAUUUCGAACUGAAGAACAACUACAACUUCAACACGUUUCUCCGAAGUAGGGAGUGACUCUAAAGGAAAAGACAAGUCGCCUUCCACCGAGAGAGGACACAGACGGAUUUUGCUCUAUGACGAUCUAGGGUAAUUUUUACUUUUGUUCAUAUUGUAGUUUUGUUUAUACGUUAGUUAAUUGUUAGUAUUAAUGUACAGUCCCGAAUUUUGUGGGCGAUUCCCUCCGUAAUACAUUGUUAUGUACAAAGAUCGGGAUGAAGGUGAGAAGGGUUAAGGCUGUUAAAUAGGGGUGAAGAGGGAGAGACCCCGCUGUGUAUCGAUAGCAGUACAAAAGUAAUUUAGGGGAGUAACACUAGCCGUUCAGCAAGGGUUACUCUCCGCGUUUCUACGUGUGUGGCAACAACUCAUUGCGUGUUUGCUGUUUGUUUGUUUUUCCUAUGCUGGUGAAGGCGCAACUCAUUCUUGUCUCAUCUGUCGCUUCCAUUUUUUUUUUCUUGCCACACGCUGUACAAACGAAAAACCUUAAUGUCCAUGGCAUUUUUUUUCUGUAUUUAUUUGUACUUUACAUGUAAAUGAUUGACAAGUGCCAUGAAUGAAAAUGUUUGCCGUCGUUUCGGGAGAGCGCCUGCGCCUGCAGUCUGUUAACAGAGUUUGGCUCAUACAGGCAAAGAAAAUUCCAUGUUCUUUCAGAAAAAAAAACACAUUAAGAAUGUCGAAUAUCCAAGAAGCCACGGCUCUCUCGACAAGGUGGCAAACCCAAAAUGUGAAAAGGAAGUUACCAGUUUAAUUUUUUCUUACGGUGUACGCUUAUGUGUAUCAACGCGCUCAAUCAUUGCCCAAGAGCAAAAUAAAGAUUAUUUUUUGCAUCUUUGUAAAAA